AUGAAGACCCUCUCUCAACCUCUCUUUCAGAUUUCAUCCGCCAAAUUCGUAGUCUGUGAGAACCCCAAGAUCAGCCAUCGAAAGAGAAUAGAAUCAACUGUCGAGUUCAAUGAGAAGCCGAAGAAUUUAUCUUGGUUUGCUUCUUUGCCAUCUUGCCAAGUGAUUCACAAGUCUCUUCCUUUGGUUGUUUCAGUAUCUUUGCUUCUCUCAGCAAGUCCCGCUAAAGCUGGAAUUAUGUCGGGAUUUCCUGGAUUAGAAUCUAUCCCAGGCCCCCAGUUACCUCAAAUUGACUUUCUUAACCGUAUCAAUGAAGAAAACCAGAAAAAGUACGCAGAAGCUGACGCGAAAUUCAAAUCAUCUCCCAUUCUCAAGGAGCUGCUUGAGCGAUCCAAGCUGAAAAAAGAAAAAAAUCGGCAAGAAAUUCAAGACAAGUAUUGCCUACGUGGGGCAGAAUGGGGUGUUGGAGAUUGUUCAGCAGAAGGCAUGUCACCAGAGGAUAGAGAAAACUUCAUUGCUAUGCUAAAGCAGAAGGCAGGAAUGAAAUAG